GGUCGGGUCAGUCCAGAAAAAAUUGAUGCCUGCAAUAAUAAUGUUCUUGAUCCGAGUAUAUAAGAACAGCAAUUAUUUUCUGAGACCAGAGUAUCACGGAGUUUAGUCACAAAAUGAAGUCCUUCAUAUUAUUCGCUGUGUUGGCCGUAGCGGCCGCCGACGUCUCCCACGUGGUGAACGCAGGUGACCAGGCCGCCGAGGUGGUUCGCUCAAGCUACGAGAACAGCCCCGAAGGAAACUUCCAGAGCUCGUUCGAAACUUCCAACGGCAUCGCGUCCCAGGUCGAGGGUGUAGUGAAAAACCUCAACUCAGAUAACCCAACCCUGGAGAUCAAGGGUCAAUCCAGCUGGACGGCCCCUGACGGUACCCCGGUCCAGUUCUCAUACCUUGCCAAUGAAGAUGGAUACCAACCCACGGGCAACCUUAUUCCUGUAGCCCCACCAAUCCCAGAGGCUAUCCUCCGCUCCCUGAAGUACAUCGAAGAGCAUCCACCGGUAGAGAAGGUAGUCCAGCCCGUGGCCUACCAGCCCACCUCCAGGAACUUCGGAUAAAAUAACCAGUGCCUAAUACGAACACUGCCAAAUGUAAAUAAUUAUAGCAAUAAAGCAUUAAAUAUUGUUAAAA